AUGUCCUGGAUGAAUGCCCGCCAAUAUCAGCAAUGGUAUCCCACGGCGGGCGCACCGCCAGGGACUUGGCCUCCCACAGCUCCCGCAGGCUAUCCCGGGCCUCCACCGGCCCCGGCGGGGGUAAAUCCACAAGCAUGGACGGCUGGGCGCUGGCAAGUCAAUCCCAUGUAUCGCGGUCCUUUGGCAGGCACUCAGGCCGCAGUCUCGGUAUGGGCUCCGCAUCCUAGCUGGGGACCACACAUUGCCAAUGCCAGCGCGGCUGCCGUAGCCAACUACAACCCAUAUAAGCGCACACCGAACCGCGGCGAUGCUGAAUAUUGGAGAACGAAAUUGUCAGAUAACCCGUUAGGGUUGGAGAACAUGCACAUUAGAGAUCAAGACCACAGGAAGACAAAUGAUAAUGGUGUGGUACAUACACCUUGGGUUUGGGUCCCACGCGAGUUGCGUGAGUCUCCCGAGCGUCCUCCUUCGUCUGAUCGGCGCAGCGGCCAAGAAGGUACAAGCAACCAGCAUCGACGAGAUCAGCCUGCCGUCCCUCAAUCUCAUAUAAGUGAACAGUCGACCCCCGAACGUUCGUCACAGUCGCGAUCCUCCCGCGAUGCACGUAGUUCGUAUGACAUGGUGACUUUGCCAGCGGCUACCGCACCGUCGCAUUUGCAGGAAAGACCGCAUGAUUCACAUCAUUAUCUCAAUGAUGCGCGUCCAUCGCAGAAUCAUGCGUCAUACGAGGACAAUGUAAUACCACCAAGGGAUGCUAUUUCAGAUCCCGUGAUACCACCGAGGUUACCUCCUCCCAUAUCUUCCUCCUCCUUCUACUCGCAACAGCAAGAACAAGAACGGCAUCACCAUCGCCAUCAACGGAUCAACGAUGUCUCUCCUCGGGAUGCUCGACCAUUGCAGCCUCAACCGCGAGACGAUCGCACCUCUCCCAACGAUUAUACGUCUUCUGCGUCUUCUGCUGUCGUCGCUUCAAUAGUAUCCGUAAAUGGUCCCACAACUCCUCCGCGUACCGCGCCCACAGAAGCAUUCAGUUCGAGCCAGGAACUACGGCCGACGUUCUCUCCGACUAUCAUUCGUGUGCCAGGACACUAUUCAGAGGCAGGCACUCCGCCUCGCCGGAUGAGCAGCGACGAUGCACCAACAUACCGCCUUUCUCACUCCGCAACCCCGACUCGCCGGAUGAGCAGUGAUGACGCCCACACAUCUCGUGCGUCCUAUUCCCAUUCGUCUUCUCGACAUAUCGUUAGCGACGACGCUCAGUCGCCUCAUGUCUCUACCCCUCCCCGCCAUACGAGCGAUGACGAUGCGCAUGCGUCGCGGUCCUCUUCCACAUCUCUCCGGACGAGCAUUCAUGAUACAAACACCCCUACGUCGACGUCUGGUCAUCGAAUUAGUCACUAUGAGACGCAUCGUGCAUCCACAAACUCCUCGCCUACCCCUCGGACACGUGGACUGAUCUAUGGUCCACCAACAAACCACAGUCAUUCCAACAGUGUUCCUCAAUGGCAAUCCACACCCUCAGCAGACGCACAGUCUGGUGCAACAGCAUCAAGAUCAUCUAUCCUCUCUCUUACCAAUUUCUUUGAAGAACCGGCAGGUCUGCUCAGUCCCCUUAUCACUGCUCCUCGCUCCACAGGAGGUCCGAAUUCUAAUGGUCGCAGAGUUAUACGAAGUCAGACAGAUCCUUCCUCCCCCCUUCCUGCGCUCGAAUCUAUACCAGAGGACCGCACCACUCCUGGAUCGCGUAAUACUCAUCAACGCAAUGACUCCCGAGAUUCCAAUGCGACCCCACAUGUAACCACCAGGACCUCGCCGCAUUCCUCCACCCCGCCCGAGGCUGGCUCGCGUUCGAUAUCUCGCAGCCAAACAUACCCCUCUCUCGACCUGUCUUCCUCAAGACACUCUAGCAAGCAAGGAUCACCUGUUAUUGCCUCGAAGUCUCGGGAAUUAUCACCGACACGUACUGUCCGAGCGAGCCACAAUCCACUUCCGCAGCCUCCCAUGCUCACAGCAUAUCCCACGUCCUCUGCAUCCUCUUCAGCAGCUGCGAUGUCCACCCAACCUGUGGUCCGUCGUAAGGUACGCAAGGGCUAUUGGAACCGACGUGGUGAUCACCUCACUAUGGAACCCGAUGGGCAAUACAUUGUCUACGCUCCUCAACAACUUGCUAACCCACAUGACCUUUCACGUUAUCCUCAAGCAACGCAGGGCUUUAUGGAUCAUCGUGGGAGGACGGUCAAGUAUGAUCCUCGGAUUCCAGAGCUGCCUGCAUCGCUGCCGUUGCAUGGAGAGCCACCCGCCCGUCCGUACGAAGAGUUCGUGGAGUACAUAUACGUAUGA